AUGCAUAUAAUUCACUGUGUGAGGUUAUCUGGAAACUCUUCAUUUGAUAAUGUUUAUGGUAAUGGUGUGAAGCACUUGGAAGAGUUGGUUUCGAGGAUAAAAGGGAUUAAUCCCCCGAAUCUACCUUCUGGUUCAGUGGACUUACACACAAGCCAAUUUGGCACUCCGUUGGAGAAAUCAAGCAUGACAAGUGAAGCUUAUAAGAAUGCUGUACUUCAGGCUAAAGAACACAUACUGGCUGGAGAUAUCUUUCAGAUCGUUUUAAGUCAACGGUUUGAGCGCCGCACUUUUGCUCAUCCGUUUGAAGUUUAUCGAGCUUUGAGGAUUGUGAACCCAAGCCCCUCGAUGUGUUACUUGCAAGCGAGAGGUUGUAUUCUAGUAGCGUCAAGUCCUGAAAUUCUCACUCGAGUGAAGAAAAACAAGAUAGUGAACAGACCACUAGCAGGAACUGCAAGACGGGGCAAGAGUUUUGAAGAGGAUCAAAUGUUAGAGAAGAAACUAUUAAAAGAUGAAAAGCAAUGUGCAGAACACAUCAUGCUCGUUGACUUGGGUCGCAACGAUGUUGGAAAGGUGUUGAAGAACGGCUCAGUGAAGGUGGAAAGGCUCAUGAAUAUAGAGCGUUAUUCCCAUUUCAUGCAUAUCAGCUCAACGGUGACUGGAGAGUUACAAGAGAAUCUAACUUGUUGGGACACGCUUCGUGCGGCUUUACCAGUUGGAACCGUGAAGGCUAUGGAGUUAAUCGAUGAGCUAGAAGUGACAAAAAGAGGACCAUACAGUGGUGGAUUCGGAAGUGUGUCCUUCACAGGAGACAUGGACAUAGCUUUGGCACUUAGGACCAUUGUGUUCCCAACACAAGCUCGUCACGACACAAUGUACUCGUACAAGGACAAAGACACCCCGCGCCGUGAAUGGAUAGCUUAUUUGCAAGCGGGUGCAGGGAUUGUAGCAGAUAGUGACCCAGAGGACGAGCACCGUGAGUGCCAGAACAAAGCUGCUCGACUGGCUCGUGCCAUAGAUUUGGCUGAGUCUGCCUUUGUUAAUAAAAAUGAUAAAACUAUCUAG